AUGGCGACAGACCAGAACCAAGAUCAACGGGAGGUUCUUGACGACAAAGUGGAAAGGAGCGGCAUGAUGGAUGGUCCCGAUGGUACAGAGGUUGACCAUGACGACAACCAGAAAUGCCCCGCGAUGGAGAUCAAUCAGAAGAAGCCCGAGCCCCUUGGAUUUCUUGAUUUGCCUGCGGAGAUCAGAAACAAGAUCUAUCAGCUUGCCCUGGUUGACAGGUUUUACGCACGCUUGAUCACCAACCUCACCCCGCCAGCCCUGACCCUAGUGAACAGGCAAAUCCUUGCCGAGGCUCUUCCGAUCUACUACGCUGGGAACAACUUUUAUCUCCUGCUUUGGGCAACGGAUGAUGGUCUCAGUGACCAAGACCCUGUCCUCUUCCACCGCUUCACCCAAAUGAUGGAGUACUUCGGACGGCGGACAACCUCUCCCACGGACGAGAGUCCCAUGCGAUACAUCAUGAACAUAGUCGUCCAGAUCAACCCCUCCACAUACGGCGAUCCUCCGCGCUACAGCAAAGUCUACAGCACAGUUGUGGACGACGUAGAUCCAGAGACGGCCGCCAACCAAACGUACAGCAGUCUGUGCAUCCGAAGCGAGAAACAGCGCAUACCCUUCACAUCUGAUUCUGCAACCGAGAAAGGACCCUUCGACCCUACCAAAUACCGGUGGAUUGUCAAGAAUGUGACAUUCGGAAGCAGAGAUAAAUUGGGAGGCAGAGACAGAUUCCGCAGCGUGAAGGAGGCUUCUGACCUCGUCAACAUGAGCUUCACCGGGAGCGCCCAGCCUAUUGAGAAGGCAAUCGGAAUUGAGUACUACUUAGGCUGA